AACGAGAUAAGAAAGCUUUUCCAGAAUUAUACGCACAUCAGGUUGAGCAUGAUAAUGAUCUUAUGAUAGCAGCCUGUAUGCUCUUUGCUGGAAAGGUUACAAAUUGUAGGAUUGGUGUGGCAAAUGCAAUCAAAGGCAGUUGGAGGCCGAGGCCGAGCGAAACGAGAUGUCCCAGUGAGGAAAGUUCCACAUUCCUUGAUCGAAAAGAAUCAGUUAUUCACUAUGAAAAUUGUUUGAUGACGGCUGUUGGUCUUGAUCUUGCAAAAGACACACCUUAUGCCGUGGUAAAUAAGAUAAUUUCUCCGAUACUUGAGAAUUCUGGGGGGACAUGUACUUUGGACGCAAUUUGGAAAAAGUUCACUAGACAAACGUACGAACAAAUUCUAGAGUCUCUCCGCCGUACAUUAAUUGCUGUUACAUAUAAUGCAAGUGAAAUCGCGACAGCAGCAGCAGCUAUUGCAUCAUUUCAAGUUGGAGUACCUCUUCCAGGAGGAUUAUUCAAGUUUUGUAUCGAGUGUGGAGUAGCUAGCCCUUUAAAAGUUAAAG